AUGCCUAAGAGACUGAGCGGGUUGCAGAAAGAAGUUUUACAUCUCUACAGAGUUUCUAUAAGGACGGCGCAUACGAAGCCAAAGGAAAAUCAAAUAAAUUUCAUGAAUUAUAUUCAUGAAGAGUUUGGCAAGUAUAGAGAUCUACCAAGAAAGGACUUCACCACUAUUGAACACUUGUUAAGGGUUGGAAAUAAGAAAGUAGCCACGUUUUCGCAUCCUGAACUAACAAACAUGCAUUGA